AUGGAGAAGCCUGCUCAGAUAACCAUCCCGCCCAAAAUCAUCGAUGCCGCCAAGGCAGCGUUCGCUCGAGAUCAUCCACUGACUGAUGAUCUUCGCCCGGGAACGUUCUUCGACAAUGCAGAUUAUCUCGACACGUUGCCGCUGCAAGCCAAAGCGCUAAUCUGUGCGAUCCAAGAUAUCGGAGAGCAUCCAGACAGGCCAGCCAUGUGCCACAUCCAGUCCGAGCAGGCUCUCAACCGAUAUCUGCAAGCGCGGGACAAGGCAGAUCUGACGGCGGCAUUUGCCUUUGAAGCAGUGUCCCUGCGCUAUGUUCCACCCCAGCAUCCUGGUCGAGGGAAGUCAAAUCAUCACAUGGGCCGUCUGUACCAAGAGAAAUGGGAGAGCGGGAAAAGCCCCGCAGAUCUCGAUGAGACAAUCCGUCACUAUAAGAUCGCUGUGGACGUCGCGACGGAGAACGACGGAGUCCUCAGUGACUGGGUCAAUGAUGUCGCGGCUCUUGUCACGAAGCGCUGCAUACGGACGAGACAGGAGAGCGACAGGGAGGAUGCGCGAAAGUAUUUCGAUCGAGCCAUUGAGCUUGCUCAACAGUCGCCAACACGAGCUCUAAUUCUUUCCAACAAAGGCGAACUCAUCCGUCUCACGAUGUCCGACAACGAUAAGAAUAGGGAGGCUCUUCUGAAUGAGGCAAUUGUAUACCACGAUGAAGCGACCGUGCUAUGCGAAAUAUAUCAAGCUCUCCCUUUCAAGCCUCGCAUUCCGUACGGCAUGAUCCAUCGCAACGCCGCUCUAGCGUACAUCGCACGGUGCACCGCAACCAACAGCUUAGAAGAUGGCGAAAAGGCGUGUGCCUUGCAGUACAAAGCCCUCUCCUUCGGCCCCGUUGGAAACGGAAACUGGGAGUUGUUCAUGAACGAGCUGGGCGUCAUCCACAAAUCGCGAGCACAGGUAUUCGAUGACCCGGAAGAGGAGGAGGAAUUGGCUUGUAUUGCAUGGCAGGAAGUCAUCGAGAACAACCCCAGUGCCAUCAACGCCAGGGUCCACCUAGCAGAGUUCUAUCGUCAAAAGGCGGACAAGUCCCUGGAUCGAAAGGCAGCAGAGGAAUGGUUCCAGUCCGCCGUGGAGCUGGCUGAGGAUGCGGUACGAAUACUUCCAGCGCAUCAUGCAAACCCAGGUCGGGCUUACGAUUGCUGCUCCGCUGUGCACUAUUCAAAGUACGAGUUUGACGGCGAGGUCGCAAACAUUAGUAGAGCAGUCGCGUGUGCCCGAAUGGCCACACAGGAUGUGGGCAGUAAUGACUUAUGGAACUACUACCGUGUGCUUGCCCAGACACUGAUUACUCGAUAUGAACGCCUCCAGGAGCCUGACGACCUACGUGAUUCCGAGGUUGCAGCAAAAGCGGCCCUGUCGAAAUGCAGACCGGGGGACCUUGAGUGUCAAUCGCACUGCCAGUGGAUCUUAGGCAAGAUUACUCGGGCAAUGUACGAUAGCUCACGGAAGACAGACACACUGCAUCGGGCGUUAGAGAUAUUCCGCCUUGCAAAUGAGGACAUGCCAAAGGAUACUCUGUCCAAGUCGUUGGUUCUGAACGACCUGGGGAAUAGCCUUACACAACUAUUCAGCCAUGAGGCGGUCCCCGAGUACUUAGAAAAGGCAAUCAACGCGUACUCUGAAUCCCUAUCCUGCCUCGAGCACCUAUACAAGACUGACCAGCACCCCGAUGUUCUCAUGGUCAAUGCGUCGCUGGGAUAUGUUAUGAUGCAGCGAUUUAUCCACUGGGGAGCGGAGACAGAUAUCGAGUCCGGCAUCAAAUACUGUCGACGAAGUCUCUCGCACAUUGAUGAGCGCCAUCCGCGGUAUGCGAUGCGUGCUGCAAAUCUCAGCCAUGCACUUCAGCUCCAAUUUGGAAUCAAGUCUAAUCUAGAUGGACUGAAGGAGGCGCAACGGGUGCUCACUGUGGCUCUGGAAGGGCCAGUACCGCUCAGUGAUCAAUUACGGACUGGACUGGCGACUAACCUAGGGAAUGCGUACCAGCACGCCUUAACAGUCAGUAAGCAGCCAAGUGAUCUGGAAAAUGCGAUCGAGAAUUACAACAAAGCCAUAGCUGUUCAAGGGGCUUCAACUGCCGCACGCGCCACUGCAUUAAUGAACAAGGCGGCCUGUCUCAAGAAGAUGGCUGAAAUAGCGGAUCACCCGGGACCAGAAUUCGAAGGCAGUAAUAAAGCAUUUGAAGAGGCCCAGAAGGCAUUGGGUGAAGAUGACCCUCACUACUGGGCUGUUCUGUGCAAUCAUGCAGAUCUCUUGUUCACCUUGUACAACCAAAAGACGGGCCCAGAUCCACAAGCCCAUGGACUCGCAGCGCUCAACAAUUACAGCAGGCUCACAAAGAUGAAGAACGUCCCACCAGCUGUGCGGAUCAACAUCGCAUCCCUGGCAGCAAGCCUUGCAAACGACCUACUCCAGGGUCCAGCUCAGGCUCGAGACUACAUUCUCAUCUGCCUCAACCUGCUCCCCGAAGCCAUUCUCAUGCACGAAAGUAGACUGGAGCAAUUGCGAUUCAUCCGCAAAUGUCAAUAUGUCCCAAGCAGCGUGGCCGCAUUGUCACUUAGCGCAGGAGACCCUCCGAGUGCGGUCAUCCAUCGUCUGGAGGCUGGUCGAGCGUUCAUCUGGGACCGUAUCCAGGGCCAACCAACCCAGCUUGAUGCACUAGAGAUAGAGAACGGCGAAUUAGCCGCCAGGUUCCGCGUUCUACAGCAGCGCAUCCUCCAACAAAGCCCGUCCUCUGGUGGAUUGGUAGGCAUGGAUCUCACCUCGGUCUCACCGGAUGACGCAAAUAGAAUGCAGCGGCAACACGACGCGGAUGCGUAUCGCGAGGUCCUUCAGGAGAUUAGAACCCUGCCGGGAUUUGGCUCCUUCCUCAGAACGCCAGACGUUCCUGUCGACCUCCAGCGCUACGCUGCAGACGCUCCCAUCGUCUUUAUCAAUGCCAGCAACUACCGAAGCGAUGCUUUGAUAAUAACCAAGGAUAACGUGUACAGUCUGCCUCUUCCGUCCUUUAGCAUGGAUCGAUUGGCGCUCUAUUGUGCACGCUUUAUACGGCUUCUUGGCGUCUUUAGCAGGCCAGAAGAGCAAGCAGACGCCUUCGCUGACUACGUGGUGGUAAUGAGGUGGCUUUGGCAAGCCGCUGCAAAGCCAAUAUUAAAUAGCAUCGACUGGACGAAAUAUGAUGCCGCACCGUACGGGAAGCCCCGCGUAACCUGGGUCUCGACUGGAUGGAUUAGCGUGCUCCCGAUCCACGCUGCAGGAGAUUUUAGACAUCCAGGGGAAAGUGUCCACGACGUGGCGGUUUCCUCAUACAUUACCUCACUCAAGGCCCUAGACUUUACCCGACAGAAUGCGCUGCGUAUAAAACAGCUUCCAGUGGCCCCAGGCUCCCGGCAGGCAAUGCUAGCAGCCAUGGCAACAACCCCGGGCCUGGGUCCAUCCGGCGAUCUGGACGUCGAGCCGGAAAUCACCGCGAUCGAAAAGACCCUCAAACCAUCCUUCCGAGUCAACGUGCUGAGACAAACCGACUCUCGCUCCGUCAAAACAAGCCUGUCCACAGCAACCGUGGCCCACUUCGCAUGCCACGCCCGCGCCGAUCCUCAAGACCCUUCCCGCAGCGCCAUUCUGCUAGAGGACAACCAGAAGAAACCUGCCCCAUUUACUGUCCGGACCCUUUUGCGGCUGAAUCUGAAGAGCUGCGAGAUGGUUUACCUCUCCGCCUGCGAGUCAGGGGCCAGCAAAGAUCUCCAACUCCGAGAUGAGGGAAUCCAUGUUGCCGGUGGCUUCCAGAUUGCGGGUGUCCCGCAUGUUAUCUCGACGCUGUGGGCGGUCUCGGAUAGUGUUUCUGUGCAGUUGGCGGGAUUGUUCUACGCGAACCUGAGGGAGGAUGGAGAGGAGGUGGAUCUGUCCAAAGCGCCAUAUGCUCUUCAUUGCGCGAUUGGGGAAAUGAGGAGGCAGGGUGUCCAUCCACUGCUUCUCGGGCCUUUUAUUCAUUCUGGGCCUUGA